UGCUGCUCAGGUCACUUGGGUAACUUUUAACUCGCCCAGUGUUACCGUCUGGGGGCUGCUACAUGUACGUCACUUCCUGUAACGCUCUCUGUGCGAGUUCUGUGUAAAGAUGGCGUCCGUGCAGCUAACGGACGAGGAGCUUUUCUCCGAGUUAAAACGCCUCGGCUUCACUCCGGGCCCGGUUACGGAGAACACGCGGCCCGUGUACUUAAAAAAGCUCAAAAAGCUACGCGAGGAGCAGCAGCAGCGGUCCAGGGGCGCGAAAGGGAGGAACAGCAGCAGCAUUAGCACUAGCAUUAGCAUUAGCCCUAGCGGCGGUAAUAACGGCCACACAGCGGCGGGAGCCGCGGCGCUCCGGGCUAGGCCGACGGCCAGUGACGUCACGCACGUGAACUCGACUCGAAGCCCGGGCACUCGGCCGCUUUUGAACGAAAAGCGAGCGGACAGGAGCGGAAAGUUCGUCCUGGGCUUCAGCUCGGACGAGUCAGACGCGGAGGCGCCGCAGAAAAAGGGAGGCCCGAGUCCCAGCAGGAGAGACCGAGGCUCGGCGCUGCACUCGGUGAGGCCUACACAGGAGACACCCGCCGCCGCCGCCGGCGCGCGCAGGAGUACCGGGCUCGGGUUAAACAGCAGCAGCAGCAGCAGCAGCAGAUCCCCGCUCGGGCUGUCGGAGAGCAGGAGGAGCGCGCUCGGGGCUCCGUGGUGGACAGAGCGGGGGAGAGCAAGCCUCGGGGACUCGCACCGCGCCGCGGCGGAGGAUAAGGAUGACCGCGAGCCGGAGGACGCGGACAAGCUGGAAGAGGAGCCCGAGAGGACCGGGAGAACUCUGAACGGUAGUAAAGCGUCUUACAGCAGCAAGCUCUCUGGGGAUUACUCCGAUUCAGACGAAGAGGAAGAGGAGGAGGAGGAGGAAAGGGAACGCCGCCUGCUCUCCAGACGGAGUGUGUCCAAGUUCACGUCCACUCCGUACAAAAGCGUCUGGGAGUCGGAGCGCGUCCGGGAGAAGCUGGCAGACAGCAGGUCCGGCGCUGACGGUCUAGACAUGGCGACUGAGCGCGAGGAGGACGACGGAGAAACGAGCGAGGUGACGGGGAGCUUUCUGAAAAGUUCCCGCUUCACGGGUGUAAACGGCGGCGAGGCCGCGGCGAGCAGCGGGAGCUUCAGCCCGGGACUCAGACCCCGGUUUUCCCCGUAUAACAGCCUGGCCUCGACCUACGCCUUCAACCACUCCAACCACACCGCCUCCAACCACAGCUACAGCCGCAAGCGGAAGGCCGCGGCGCCAGAGGAUGAGCUGCUUGAGCAGUUUAAACGGGACGAGGUGUCGGGCACCGGCGGCUUCAGCGCGCAUUACCUGUCCAUGUUCCUCCUGACCGCCGCCUGCCUCUUCUUCCUGCUGCUCGGCCUCAUGUACCUGCGCAUGCGGGGCUCUGGAGCCUCAGACGCGGUCACUGGCAGAAGCCACCCAUUUGGCGCAGACUUUGAUAAAUCAUAUAGCCACACAGAGAAAGACACCAUUCUCAGACUUCUACUCCAACUGCACGACCAUCUGGCCAAUGCUGCAGGUGAACAUGACUGCAAAGAUCUCAACGAGCCAUUCAACAGAAGUGUCUCCUUCUCCGAGGCCACCAAGUAUCUGAUGAUGCAAAAUAAAAGCUAUGAAGGUUGGAUAGAAACAGCCAUGGAGUGGAUCAUUAGAACUGGAGAUACUUCUGGUAUAAGGUUGAUUGCAAAAGACCCUAUGCAACUAGUGGAGGACGUGUCCGACAUUACUCGUCUGGAGUCCACUCACCCUCACAUGUCCUUCAUUUGCCGCUUACGACGAGCCUUCUUCACUGUGAUCUACAGAGUGCUCCUCAUUCUAGCUGGAAUCGGCAUUGUUUAUGGCGUACUGCGUUACAUGAAGUACCGGUGGAGCAGGGAGGAGAAGGAGACCAGGGAGAUGUAUGAUAUGGUGGAGAGAAUCAUAGACGUCCUGAAGAGCCAUAACGAGGCGUGCCAGGAGAAUAAGGACCUGCAGGCUUAUCUGCCCAUUCCUCACGUGCGGGACUCUCUCAUUCAGCCUCAGGACAGGAAGAAGAAGAAGAAAGUGUGGGAAAGAGCUGUGACUUUCCUCUCUGCAAAUGAGUCUCGCGUCCGGACAGAAACGCAGAGGAUUGGUGGAGCCGAUUUCCUGGUGUGGCGGUGGCUCCAGCCUCCCUUGUCUUGUGACAAGAUGUGCAAUAUGCCUUCCAAAGUAUGGCAGGGAAAAGCAUUUCCGUUGGAUCGAAGGAAUUCGCCACCAAACAGCUUAACGCCAUGUCUGAAAAUUCGCAACAUGUUUGACCCUGUAAUGGAGGUGGGGGAAAACUGGCAUCUUGCCAUUCAAGAAGCCAUUUUGGAGAAAUGCAGCGAUAAUGAUGGGAUCGUCCACAUUGCUGUUGAUAAGAAUUCACGAGAGGGCUGCGUUUAUGUGAAGUGCCUUUCAGCAGAGCACUCUGGGAAAGCUUUCAAGGCACUGCAUGGCUCUUGGUUUGAUGGAAAGCUGGUGACUGUUAAGUACCUGCGUCUUGACCGCUACCACCAGCGUUUCCCGCAGGCCCUGGGCUGUAACACACCCCUGAAACCGUCCAGCUCCAGCAUGAACACCAUGGCCCGGCUACACCAGCGCUCCAGCACAUCCAGCUUCCUGAGCUUCUCCUGAGCCCUAACCAUGUCCUCUUCUGCUCUGUCUCCCUUUUUCUUUUCUUCUCCUUCUCUCUCUGAGAGUCUCCCCAUCUCCUGGGUCCUUCCCUGCAGUUGGAGCCAUGCUCAGGAGCUUUUUCCUCAUUCAAGACAUGGUGGUCUCUUCUAAGCAGGUCUAAAGUGACUGUUUGCUGCAACCCUGUCAGCUUGUUUGUCUUGGAGGUGGAGCUAAAGAGGAGAGCUGUGCGCAGUGAACAUGUCGGGAGUUGCCAGAGCUUUGCUUAGGACAGCUAGUCCUGCAUAUCCCUCCUCUCAAACUUCGGUGCAAUGGACACAGUUAUCAAUAUUAUGCUUUUUCUUUUCUUUGGAUUUUUUUUUUUUUAUCAGACUGGCUUUAAUGGAUUAAACAAGGAAACUUGGCUUCCACUUUAUUCUAAUAUUCAGAUUUGAGGAUAUAUGAGAGAGAAUUGAAGCUGCUGUCUGUGGUUCUACUCUUGUCUCUCUGUUUUGUUUCUCCAGUUUACUCCUCUCCUUGGUCAAAAGGAGUUCUGUUGGGCUAUACAUAGCUGCAUGUGCUGGUUCCAAUAUCCCUAUAUUUAUGCUUUAAAUUGUAUCAUAUAAUGUGGAUGUUUAUUUCCCUGGAGACUUUUUUAACUUUAUGUAUUUCCUUUCUUUGUAGUUUUUAGUCCAAAACAAUGGCAUGCACACACUCUAAAAGGGGUGCUGUAAAUAUUUGUUGAAUGGUGGUGGUUGAAAUUGUCUGUAAAAAAAAAAAAAAAAAAACUGCAGAUUGUCAUAAGCUCUAAUUCAUUUUGUACCAACAAAUGAGUGAAAAGACGUGUGAGAGGGGAUGCCGUGACCACACGGUCAUGCUAUACAAGCCGCUUGGUUUUGAAACGUGUGUGGAGUAAUUGGCUUUUUCUGUAAUUUAAUGCGUGAUACCCCCACUUCAUGCAUUUCUCACCUCAGUCUUGCCAUUUUGAUUGUAUUCCAUUGUACUCUAAUGUAUUAUUAUUACUACUAUUAUUAUUAUUAUUUUCUUUAUAUUUUGAAAGUUAUGCGUUUUUUUUGUGACUGGUGCAGUUUGAUGGUUUUGACAUUUUUUUCCUAACCCACAGACAUCCUCUGGCCACCAAAGUGCUUUAGUGUGCAGCUAAAGCUAAAGUAUUCCACAUGAUCAGGAUCAGCAAAUCUGGUCAGGUGUUGAAGUUUGUCGCCAUUUCCACCCUCCUUUACCCGUUUUAUGUCGUAGUCUUUUGAAACAGGGACAGUUAAGCCAUGCUGAUCUUCACAAAGCAUGUCCUGUUUUGUUUAAAUAUGGUGGGGGUUCAUUUGAGAUUAAUAAAGUGUAAGUUUGUAAGAAAUAUUGUCCCCAGUUAAUUAUCAAGAAUCAGAUUAACUCCUACAGCACAUACAAAAGUUUUAAUAACUUACAAGGUUACAUCAAAAUCGCACAGAGUGGUUCAUUUGACCGAGCAGUUACGAUGGAUUUGGUAACUCUGUCCCUUAGUUCUCCGUUAUAUUUUAUUUUCAUUAUAUAAGAAAAGCAGUGCAGAUGGAGUGGAGUAUUUGCAGCAAGAUGUACAAGCAAUGCACGAAAACAUAGUGCACUGUUCUCUGCAGCAAAUAACCAAAUCGUGCCUUAAUUUUGUGCUGUUUGAGGGACUGGCGCUGCACUUGUUGUGGGAAUGUAUUUACAUUUUUUCAAUUUUCCACAUUUGGCUGUAAUCAUUUGAAGAGCAGAGGUAGUCAAAUCCUUAUUAAAUCUCCUGAAUAUUUUGUGUGUGUUUAGAAAAGUGACCAUGAGAUGAGAAGUCUAGUUAAAUGUACACUCAUGGGUGCAGUUAAUAAACUGAUCAUCAGUUAGGUCAUCAAGGUUACACACUAUCGUGUCCCCCCUGUGCAUGCACACUUUUUUUUUUUUUUUUUUUUUUAGUGAGUGCAGGGUUUGACCUAUUUUACUUUCACAGCUGAUGUGCAAGAAAUACAAAUGCAGACACAAGUUGUUACUGUACUUGCACUCAGUGUAAUUUGCUUUGUGUCCAUAGCCAGUGUUGCCUGUUUACCUGUUUACCCCCUUUUAGUCUUUUUCCUUUUUUCCGUGCAGGCUGUAAAUUGAGUGAAUGUAAACUUGGUUUGGUGUGGCACAACUUGAAAUGAUGCCUGACUUGCAUCUCCAUUAUUGAUGUUUUUUUAUUUUUAUUUUUCCCUCCUCUAUGAUGUACCUUCUGUACACUGUACAUUUUUAUCUGUACAAAGUAAUAUUAUGCAGCAGCAGCAGCAGCAGCAGUCUCAGCACAUUGUAUGGUUUUGACCAAGAUCCCUGAGCUGCAAGCCAGAGAGGAAAGUGAACAAUAAUCCAGGCUUUUUAAAGCUUCAGAUUGUUUUAAUGUAAUUUGUCACUUGUUAAACCUGCUCUAAUUAAAGGUUUAUUAGGGGUUUUUAA